AUGAAGAAUGGCCAGACGAGAACGUUCAGUCUAGCAAAGAGUGGGGAAGGGAGGCGGGCAGCCGUAGCUAGGGGCGCAGCCACUGACCCGUUCCCGGUUCGCAUAGUACCUGCGUGCCUUGCACAGUCAGAUUUGCGCACCAUCGGGAUUACCUGCGGGGAAGAUGGCAGCAUCCCGUGCCGCACAGAAGUAACCGAGGAGCACCUGUGGCGCUGGCGAGGGCCUUCCAGGAAAGCCCCCCGAGUCGACGCCCAGGCUCCGCGCAGCAGCCAGGCGGGCGCCCCGGUCGCAGCCAGCGGCGUCGGCACCGCGGCCGGGCGGGUAGGCGUGCGCGCGGCCCGGCCGGCGGGCUUGGAGGAGAGCCGCCCGGGGGCACGUGCGGCGGGGCGUGCGCUUGCCGGCAGCAGCGCCGGGCGGCGGGUACAUAAGGCGGGCAGCGCUCGCCUGCGCCGCUUCCAGGCUGCGAGCCGGGAGGGACGGGGCGCGCCGGGUCACGAGGCGGCGGCGGCGGCGGCGGCCCUCUGCAGGCUUCCAGCCGGCGGGAAUCGCGGGACGGAAGGGAAGCUAUUUCCAGGCUCGAGCAGCGCGAGAAGCCAAACCCCCAACGCCCGGAUUUGGAAGCGCGGCGGCAUUCCAGCGGGGCGGAGCGGAGCCGAGCCGAGAGCCGAGCCGGAACCAGCGAAGCAGGCGAAAGGGGAGCGCCGCAACUCCGGCCAAGCGCCGCGCCAAGGCCGGAGCGGAGGGGGCGGGGAAGGAGCCGGCCGCCCGCUCGCGGCUCCCUCGGGCCGAGCCGACCCCGAACGCCCGCCCGCCCGCCGCAGCCAGAGGCAGCCGAGCGCCGGGCCCGCAAGCAGCUGGCGUGGUGGUUCUGAGACGGGCCGCCCAGCUUCGCCUCGCCUCCCGCCGGCCACUCGGGGCCGCAACCUCGGCUCGCCCGGCCGGGCGAGAAACGUCAGUUCGCAAUCGCAGCGCCUGAACGAGGCGGGCGGCUCCAGCCCCGGUUGUGAAAGUUGCCGAGGAGUUAAUCAUUGCCAAAUCCCCGGCGGAGCUCGCUCUGCAGCGCGGCACCGGCAGCUCUGCUCUGCUCCGCGGCUCGCGGCCAUCGCGCCAGCCUUCCCGGGCGGGCGGGCAGGCAGGCCGUCAAGGGGCCAGCCCCGAGCUCAGCCCGACAAGCCCACCGCCGCCGCACCUGCUCCGCCGCCCGCGAUGGCCGCGCUCGGCGCCCGCCGCCGCCCCUGCUAG